AUGCUACUUCUAUUCAGUGAUAUCGUCCUGCUCGCUCAUCGCUCGCAAGAGACACCGUUCGCGAUCAGUUUCGAGCUGAAGCUGAAAGGACUUCUGGUGGAGGACGGCGAUUCCUAUGACGUCAUCGGAGAACGCGACGAUGCUCUCACUCUUCAUUCAGGGAAGAAAUCGAUCGUUUUGACUAGUCCAACAAAAGACCUAUGGAUAGAGGAUAUCAGCUCUGCCGUCAAGCAUGAUGUGAAAAAUCGAUUGGAUCUUCCUCCAAUUCUUUCAGAGAACGAGCAGCGAAUUUCGAUGGGCGGAUGCGACGUAGCUAUGGAUGAGACGCAAUCCAGGGAGCGUCGAAAAUUGAGUCCGCUUCAAGUGUGCUGGUACCGCAAGACGUCGCUCAGCAUUCGCCAAAUUUAUAAUGUCAGUCGUUUAUUCAACAUCAUAAUCACUAACGUUGUUAUGGUCAUCGUACGAAACGUGCACUGA